AUGCAGUGGGAUAUGGGGGAAUGGAUGUUGUACUUCCCAGAGGUGGGUACGGAGAAGGUGCCCCCGGAGGUAUUGGUACAUUGGAAGGUGUCGCUGACCGCUGAAGACGGGGAUCCGCACGGGCUAGGCGUGGAUCUCGCGCUCUUCUUGGGUCCAUUGUCUGAUAACACCCGAAUCUACCUGUUAAGUCUUAAAGUGUGUCAGAACUACGAAGGGCUGAACAUGAAGUGUCUCCGCUGGAAGCCUCAGCAGUAUCUAGAACAUUACGAGUCUCCUUCUCAACCCAGCGCAAUAGCAGCAGGUCGAUAA